UGGUGCGCUCCGACACCAGAGGUCCGCUUUAAUAUCAGAGGAGGAGUAGAAGCAGGUCGGCUUUUAACACCGCUCAGACACAGAGGCUGCUGGCAGACCCGGACUCGAGCAUCUGUGCGCAAAGCGGAUUUUUGGAUUGCUUCCUCAGAUUUAGAUUUGUUCGCUUUGUUGCGCUGUCACUAUUUUUAAAGCUUAGCGCUUCAACUGGACACGCAUGAGCGGGAUUUGUGACAGUUUUUCUUUUACCCAUGAAUGACUUUAUUCCCACCAUGGACUCAGCUUUCCUCGCAGAAUCUGUGCAGACGCACUGUCUCCAGCCUGAAGGCGCGUCUUUCUCAUUUUAAUGUUGUAAUUAUCGCGCGUCUGGCUGAUUGUCGCUCCGCAUUUCAGAGCAAACCAACGAACCGAGGAGACUCUCUGAUGUUUGCGCGGCAGGCACUGAUUGUGGACUUCUGAGCUUUAUUUAUUUCAUUUUUUUUUCAUUGGAAUAUUUUCAUCUAUCUAAACUUUUUUGGUCCUCUCUUCCCGGAGCAAACCGAAGAUGUCGCCCCGCUGCUUGAACCCUUCCUCCUGGUCCACCUGUAGGUUUUUCCUCUGCUUUCUGUGGCUCCUACAAACGCCCCGCUCUUCCUCUCCGCUAAUUACAGGCACCGAGGCCAGAUGUGAUAAUGAAGGAGAGGUCCUGCACAUCCCCAACAUCACCGACAACCCCUGCAUCACCUGUGUCUGCCUGGAUGGGAAAGCCGACUGUAAACAGGAGAAAUGUCCACCGGUCUCUGAUGACUGUGCUCUGGUGGUGAAGCAGGCCGGAGCCUGCUGUGAGCGGUGCAAAGGCUGCCUGCUAGAUGGAUGCUCCUAUAACAGCUCCGUAUCCUGGACGACCUCCACCAAACCCUGCAUAACAAGACGCUGUCAGGAAGGUGUGAUCACAGAGGCGGAGGUACAGUGUGUCAUUCACUGCAAGAACCCAAAAAUCCACCCAAAGAAGUGCUGCCCAACCUGCCCCAGUUGCAUCUUUGAGGGUCGCCUUUAUAAAGAGAAGGAAGAGUUCAGCCCUGAAGGCAAACCGUGCAUCAAGUGCGUGUGCACUGGAGGGCGGACUCUCUGCAUGAAGGAGGUGUGUCCUGUACUUUCAUGCCCCGCUCACCUGAGCCACACCCUACCUGGACAGUGCUGUCCCAGGUGUAUAGGUCAGAGGAGAGUGUAUGAUCUCUCUUUAGGAAGUUGUCUCUUCCACAGUGAUGUCUAUGACAACGGUACUUCCUUUAUGCUCAACAACUGUACCACCUGCACAUGCAAGGAUUCAACCGUGAUGUGCAAAAAGCGGUGCUCACGUCCGGGCAGCUGCCAGGGCGGUCAGUGCUGUGACGAGUGUCUGUCUUAUGUGAAGGUGGAGGAGGUGAAGUACUGCAGGGUGCGGAACAAAAUCUACAGGGAGGGGGACAUGUGGUCUUCAGUGAACUGCACGCUUUGUGCCUGUGUUAGAGGCACCGUGGAGUGUCGGCCCAAACAGUGCGUGCCGAUCACCAGCUGUCCCUCGAACAAGAUCCUGAACAGAACCGGCUGCUGUCCAGUUUGCACUGAAAAACCUGGGGUAUGCACAGUCUUUGGUGACCCUCACUACAACACCUUCGAUGGCAGGACCUUUAACUUUCAGGGAACUUGUCAGUAUGUGCUGACACGGGAAUGUGGCGCCAUCCAAUCUGGAUCGCCAGGAAACACCAUCACCAGCUCAGACUCCAGCUUUACGGUAUUGGUGAAGAACGAUGCUCGGCGGACCCGCUCGUUCUCCUGGACCCAGUUUGUUGAAGUUCGACUUGGAGCUUUGAGUCUCAGUCUGCAUCAGCACCUCACGGUGCGAAGGAACGGUACUCGCAUUGCCCUGCCGUACCACGGCCCUGGGGUGCACAUUGACCUGGAUGGAUACCUGCUCAAACUCACCACCAUUGCAGGUCUGGAAAUCACCUGGGAUGGCGACAGUUUUGUAGAGGUCGUUGCUGCUCCACACCUGCGUGGUCGCCUCUGCGGGCUCUGUGGGAACUACAACGGUCAGAAGCGUGACGACACCAUCGGGGGCGACGGCCUGUUAAAGUUCGAUGUGGACGAGUUUGCAGAGUCGUGGAGAGUCGAUGGAAACGAUGUUUGCUCCCAGCAGCAUCCACCUCGCAGGUCGACGUCUCACCUGUGCCCCGGCACUGUCAAGGUCAAGCUCCGGGCCCACAGAGAAUGCCAGAAGAUAAAGUCGUGGGAGUUUCAGAAGUGCCACCGUGUGGUAGAUUUUGGCCCUUUCUACAGGUCAUGUGUGACAGACAUGUGUGAGUGUCCAGUCCAUAAAAACUGCUACUGUGAGUCUUUCAUCGCCUACAGCCGAGCCUGUGAGAGGGAAGGAGUGCCUGUCCUGUGGAAGCCUGACAACGUCUGCAUGGCCACCCAAUGUAAACAUGAUGCAGUCUACGACACCUGUGGCCCGGGAUGUAUUAAAACCUGCGACAACUGGAAUGAGAUUGGACCGUGUCAUAAACCCUGCAUAGCUGGCUGCCACUGCCCUGCCAACCUGGUGCUGUUCCAGGGACGCUGCAUCAAACCCACGUCCUGCCCUGGACGGUGACCCCUGUUACCUCUGACUGAGGGAGAGGGGCUACUUCACGGACACUCUUCUGUAGACUAGAGGGCCAAACUACCCAAGACGCUAAUGGGUUACAGUCCACCAGUCAAAUGCACCAUGGUACUCAGGGUCCAUAAUGUUGUCACAGUGACACGCAACAUUCAGUCUCAGAUGUUCUUGUGCCUUUUCUGAUGCCAAGUGCUGUGAAAUAUUUUGAGGAAAAACUCAAACUCAAGAGAAAACUCAGGGCACCAUCUUGGGGAUUUUACACCUCACACAUCUGAAGACCGUUCAGCUUGUGGCUUUGGGCCUUCGAGAGACUUCUUGGGCCAGGGGACUCGUUUCAGAGCCAACCAGGCGCCUUCUUGCAAAGACUCAAACUGGAGACGCUCGGAUUUUGGAUUUGUGCAUUAAUGAGAAACUAUCCGAUGCAUCAUACCAAACUGGCCGGCUGAUCUCUUUUCCAUCAGUGCAAACUGUAAAUUUACCAGAUUCAUAUAUGAGACAAAACAUCUUUUAUAUUAAUUUUGCUAAUAUUAAUAUUGUUGUUGUUGAUGUUAAUUUAUAUAUCCUUCAUUGACAUGUUGUAGCAAGAGCCAGAAUCAAGAAAUCAAAUAGUUUUUUUUAUUUGAUUCAAAGGGAAACAAAAAGCUAUUUAUGUAUUUGUUGUGUACUUUUGUGUUACUGUUUGAAGAGAAAUGCCCAAAUGUGACUCAGUUAUUGCACCAUCGCAGGGAAUAAGUACUGUAUUGUAUUAAAGCUCCAUGUACAGUUUGUUGUGGAUAGUAUAAAAACUGAAGGUGUUCAUGUAAAUAUAUGUUUCACUUGACGAAAACUAUUUAAGACCAGCAAUAUAUCUCUUUUUUUUUUCAAAAGUUAAUUUUUGACUGCUGUCUCAACUCUUUAAAAUGUUAAAUUAAUAUUUAUAUUUUGGUAUAACAUUGUCUUUAAUCAGGAGGGAAUUGGAAUAAUAGUAAAAUGUUAUAAGAAACGUUUCUUCUAGAAAAAGUGAAACUGGAAUUAUACAUGGUACUAAACAAUAAUUUACAGUUUACAACAUUCAAUGAAAUGACAGUCAAAAAUAAGUAAAUAAUUCUGUUAAAAUGUAUUUGAACCUAAAUAAAGAAAUGUGGAGGUAGUUAUGAACAAAUUAGAGGCUUGAAAAGGUGCAAAAUGUUAUUGGUAUUUUUAAAUAUUUUUGUAAUAAUCUAAUCUUUUAUGUUGAUGUUUAAAGAUAGAUUUAUUUCUGUAUUUUUGUUUUGACUGCUGCUUCUGUGACAAAUAUAGAAAUAGGAAAAAAAGCAAUAUAGAAAGAGAAAAAAGAUUAAAUAAAUUGUAUUUUCUUAACUUCAUACACUACUCAAAAACAUAAAUGAACACUUUAGUCAGAGUAUAAUAUCAAGUCAUUUAAACAUCUGGAGUGACGAUCUGGUCAGGUCAAUAGUAGAAAGGAUGUUAAUCAGUGUCGGCUGUUUUGGUUUUAAUUAAAUUAACAACCGGUUCACUAAAGGUGCAACAAUGAGACUUCCCCCCCAAACAGGAAUGGUUCUGCUGGUGGAGGUCACAGACAUUUUUUCCCUGCUGAGUUAUUUUUGUUGACUGUUUGUCAGUAGUUUUUCUUUUGUCAAGGGUCAGAGUCACUACUGGUAGCAUGAGUUGAUACCUGGGUCCUAUAGAGGCUGCACAGGCAGUGCACCUCCAGCAGGCUGUUACAUGAAUAAGAACUGUUGCCUGAAGGUUUGCUCUCUCUCCCAGCACUGCCAGAAGAGCAUGUAGGAGAUCCCAGGAGAUAGUUAGAACUAGACAAGGGCAUCGGAUGUUCUUCACCCAUCAGCAGGGCCGGCAUCUGCUCCUUUAUGCAAGGAGGAACGGGAAGCGCACUGCUAGACCCACACAAAGGGACCUCCAGCAGGCCACUGGCAUGAAUGUCUCUGACCAAACCAUCAGAAACAGACUUCACAAGAGAGGCCUGAGGACCCGACAUCCUCUAGUAGGCCCUGUGCUCACCAUCCAGCCAUGUGGAGCCCGACUGUUAUUUGCCAGACAACACCAGAAUUUACAGGUUUGGCUCUGGUGCCAUGUUCUUUUUUUUUAUAUUGACAGCAGAUUCACUCUGAGCUCAUGUGAAUCAUGAAAGGGCCUGGAGAAGUUCUGGUGAACGCUAUUCUGCCAAUUGGUCUUUGGAGGCAUAUCCAUGGAGGGACGUACAGACCUGCACAGGAUAAAUGAUGGAACCCUGACUGUCAUUAGUUACUUGGAUGAACCAGUGCAGUGGGUCCUGGGUUCCUCCUGGUGCAUGAUAAUGCUUGGCCUCUUUAGGCAAGAGUAUGCAGGCAGUUCCUGGAAUAUGAAGGUAUUGAUACCAGUGACUGGCCUCCAUGCUUCCCUGACCUAAAUCCAACAGAACUCCUCUGGGACAUCCUGUUUAGGUCCAUACAGCACCAGACUGUCUAGUAGCUCAGUGAUGCGCUGGUAAGGACCUGGGAGGAGACACCCCAGAACAUCAUUCAUCAUCUCAUGAGGAGCCUCGACAUGGUCUGGCAUGCAUACAAGCACAUCGGGGCUAAACAAACUGAACCAUUUUGAGUUGUUGCAAAAACAUUUCAGCAAAUUGUACUAAACUGUAGCAUCAGUUUUCAGUUUUACUAUCUCUUUGAUGUUGAAUUAUGCUCUCUGUACCCUGAUAGUUUUUAUUUUUAUCAAAUGAUGUAACAUCCUUUUGUUCUUAACACAUUAUCUAUUCUAUAUCAAGAUAGAUAUCCAGCAGGAUCCGCCCAACCUUGCUCCCCAAUUGGGAUCAUCAUGUGUUUUCAAAGUGUUUUUUUUUUUUUUUCCUCGACAGAGUAUAUAAACCUAACAGAAUAUUGAAAUUAUUCUUAACAAUGUAGUUUUUAUUUAUAGAAAUGUAUUUAAUUAUUCAUUCUAUGGGCUUUUUAUUUUUUUAUUCAUUACACUACAAAUCAAUUCUUGAAUACCAAUGUUUUACAUACAGUACAGUGCUGCAAAAAAGGUAUUUUCACCUUUACAAAUAAGCAUUUAUGUUUUAUUUUUUUUGUCACACUUAAAUGGCUCAGAUCAAAUAUUUUUCACUAUCGGUAUAGAAAUUAACCCUGAAAUAAACACAAGCGGUAAUUUUCAAA